AUGCCUACACAAAGACGCCGUCGACCUGCUGAGGCUGAUGAAUCAGAGGAAGAUGUCCGCCCUAGACAAAGAAAUAGAGUUGAUCACGAGGGUGAAGACAACGAUCAAGAACCCAGCGAUGCUGAAAUGGACGGCGACAGAUCUCAGAUGCAGAGCGCCGAUGAACAACUAGCGAAGAAGCUGGUCCGUUACGUUAUAUCCUGCGAAUUCUCAAGAACUAUCAUCCGAAGAGAUGGUAUUAAGGAAAGAGUCCUUGGAAACCAAGGUCGCUCUUUUAGGCGUAUUUUCGACUUGGCGCAAAAACAGCUACGGGAGUUUUGGGGCAUGGAGAUGCGAGAGCUGCCAGUUAGAGAAAAGGUCACACUGCAGGAGAAGCGUCAAGGCAUCAAUUCGCAGCCCAAGCUCGGUUCUGGCUCCUACAUCCUCACCUCCACGUUACCGGAAGCCUACCGUAGCGCUGCAAUUCUCGGACCUUCAAAGACACCUAGUCCGGACGACGAGGCUACAUACGCAGGUUUCUACACACUGAUCAUCACGCUCAUCUCGCUCAGUAAUGGAGAGCUCAGUGAACAAAAGCUCAAACGUCACCUCCAGCGCAUGAACGCCGAUCAAAACGUCUCGAUGGACAAGACAGAGGCUAUCCUUAAAAAGAUGGAAAGGCAAGGAUACGUCAUCAAAAGAGUCGAGCGGCCGCCUCUAGGCCAGGAUGGUGAGCAUAUCAUCACAUGGCACGUUGGGCCACGAGGAAAGGAAGAAGUCGGGUUGGGCGGUGUGAUGGGUAUGACGCGCGAAAUCUAUGGCGAAAGCUGGGAUGAAGAAAUGGAAAAGAAGCUGCGCGCAAGUCUGAAUAUCAGACAGGCUCAACAAAACGAUGACGACGACGAGGCCGACGCGGAAGCUAGUCGAAUGCAAGAAUGA